AUGCGUAUGGGAGUAUGUCUCGUGACCUCUAAGACUGGCUUCCACGAUUACAAUGACCGUCAGAAGUCCCAAACCAACAAGACACCGUGGGCUGGACACACCAUCCGUCUCGACACCACACUGGCUGACCUCUACCGCGAAAAUGGCAUACAAGGCCCCUUCAUCGUCACCAUGUACUGCGUCUUUGGCCACAUGGACCUGCACCCGGCCUUUCCGCGCGAGCUUGUCUACCCGGAAGACGAGGAGCCGGUCCCGUACUCUAACGACGAGAACGAGAGAUCGAGGCUCAGGAGAAUCAUCCUAGGUCUGAAACCUCUGCGCAGGGCUUUCGGGCUAGGGAACAUGGACGUGGUCUUUUUCGCCCCCAACAUCACCGAAGCCGGGAUGCAUAAGGCUCUGUCGCAGCUGCCACCUGACCAGCGGCACCAUCCGAGAAUUAUAAAUCUCGAUGAUGGGAGCAAUCCCUUCGGUAAGCUCAAGGAGGCCAGCGAGGGUAGGAAGCUGCUCUUCUGGCGGCCGCAGGGCUGGAUGGACGACCACGACUGUCUGCUCGACCCACGAGAGAUGUUUGAUGUCAACUCGAAAAAGUUCCUCGUCACGUCUGGCAUCCGCACGCCAAGGUCGGAGAGCAUGGACUUGCGAUCGGUGCACCUCGACCAGCCAUCUUGCUCCCUGAGAACGCGGCCUCUCCCGUUUGUGGUCAAGCUCUGCCGGGCUGGCUGUGGCUUUGGCACAUUCAUCGUCAAGACCGAGGCGCAGAGAGAAGAAAUGGUGGCGUCCAUGGUCGUCUAUAAAGCUCGGGGCACGACUGAGAUAUUGGUGUCGCAAUAUAUCGAUCUCGUGCGGGAUCUGAGUGUUCACUUCGUCGUGGGCGCUCCAGGAACUCGUCAUGAUCGAAACAACCCGUUGAUCAUGGGCGUCACAGUUCAGACACUCACCACGAAUGGAAAGUGGGUUGGUGGCCACAUUGACUACAGCAGACAGGAAGAACUGAAGAGAUUAGUAUGGGACACUGUACGGGACACCACACAGAGAUUGCCGGAGUCUUUUAUGGGCUGGGCUGGCGUGGACAUCGUGGCAGAUAGGGAGGGAAAGCAGUGGGUGGUGGACCUCAACGCACGCUUCACGGGCUCCAUGCCGAUCUGCCUCAUGUCUGGUCACUUUUGGAAGGAAAGGGGCUUGCCUCUGGCUCAGUUCGCUGCAGUCGAGUAUGGUGGCUCAGUUGAUGAUAUUUACAACCGACUGCAGCCGCUGAUAGAGACUGGCCAGGUGAUUGUCACUGCGACGGCAGAGAUUGGAAGUGACGACAACAUGGCAGAUGUUGUCUGGGGAGGCAAGGAUGCUGUGAAUCUUGAAGAAAUCCAAGGUUGGAUUAGAGCCAGACUUGCGCAAGCAUGA